AGUUACUACUAGUAGAUAUCCACAUAAUGCAUCGUCCCUUUGCUAAACAAAAAAACACAUAAUAGAAGACAUGUUGAAGCUCCAUCCUCCCAGAAUCCCAAAAACCAUCACCACCAAAUCACACUUCCAAACCAUAACAUCCACUUCAAAAGCUCAAACUCAAACACAUAAUCCACCAUUAAAGCGCAGAAAAGCCAAGCUCAAACCCAUACCAUUCCUCGCUGAUCUCAAACAACUUCAAGACCCAGAUGAAGCUCUCUCUCUCUUCAAUCAAUACACUCAAUCUGGGUUUAAACAUGACUAUCCUUCUUACUCUUCACUCCUCUACAAACUUGCUCGUUCUCGCAAAUUCGAACAAAUCGACCCACUUCUUGAUUUCAUCAAAAAUCGAAAUAUUCGUUGCCGGGAAUCACUGUUUAUAGGUUUAAUUCGUCAUUAUGGGAAAUGUAAAUUGAUUGAGAAAGCUAUUGAGUUGUUUAAUCAAAUGCCCAAAUUCAAUUGUGAACGAAAUUUGCAGUCUUUUAAUACUUUGCUCAAUGUGCUUAUUGAUAAUGAUCGACGUUAUGAUGCCAAUGAUUUGUUUUUGAGGUCAAGAGAGUUGGGUUUUCGUUUGAAUUCUGUUUCUUAUAAUAUAAUGAUGAAGGGUUGGUUGAUUAAGGGUGAUUUGGAGAAUGCGUGGAAGGUGUUUGAUGAAAUGCUUGAGAGAGAAGUCGAGCCUUCUGUUGUGACUUAUAAUAGUUUGAUUGGGUUUUUGUGUAAGAAGGGUGAUGUGAGUAAGGGUGUGAAGUUGCUUGAUGAUAUGGUUAGGAAAGGAAAGCGGCCGAAUACGGUUACUUAUGCCCUUUUGAUGGAAGGGUUGUGUUCAUUGGGGAAGUAUAAGGAGGCUAAGAAGAUGAUGUUUGAUAUGGAGUAUCGAGGGUGCAAACCCCGGCUUGUGAAUUUCGGGGUUUUGAUGACUUAUCUUGCUCAAAGGGGGGAGCUUGAUGAAGCUAAAUCUUUCUUACUUGAGAUGAAGAAGAAGAGGUUGAAGCCGGAUGUUGUGACGUAUAAUAUAUUGGUUAACUUUUUGUGUAAGGAAAGGAGGGCUGAGGAGGCCUAUAAGGUACUUGUUGAUAUGCAAAUUAAUGGUUGUGAGCCUAAUGCAGCUACUUAUAGGAUGUUGGUUGAUGGGUUUUGUCGAAUUGGCGAGUAUGAGAGGGGUUUGGGUAUCCUACAUGCUAUGCUGAUGAGUCGCCAUUGUCCGCGUUUGGAAAGCUUUUGUAGUUUAGUUACUGGCUUGCUUAGCGGCGGGAAGAUGGAUGAUGCUUGCUUUGUGUUGGAAGAGAUGGAGAAGAGGAAUAUGAGAUUUUUACCUGCAAAGUGGGAGUCUCUAGUUGUGGAGUUCUGUGUUGCUGGUGACAACACUAUUGAUGAUCUUGUGAGUAAAUCAAGCUCUGCACUUCCUUAAGCUUAAAAGUGAGUACAUUUGCAGUUGUUCCAGAUUGAUAGUAACUUUGUAUGCUUGAAUGCUAUAUAACACAUGUUAAUUGAGGCUUUCUAAGUCAA